UUAGUUAUUUAAAUUAGCACUGAGUGAAAUUUGAUUAAAAAUAUUAAAGAUAAAAAGAUGAGUUCAUCUGCUGAUGUUGCAUAUAUUAUGGACAGGGUAGAGUCUGAAUUGUAUCUCAAAUUAGCCGGUUUAUCAUAAAUUCAAUUGUCUAAUAAAUAUGAGCCAUAGGAAAUCAGAUAUGUUUCAAUAAUAGUUUUCUAGAGAUUUAUAACAGAAAUUAAUUCAAUAUUCCUUUACGCUUACGACUCCAACUCUUCUACUAUUAUUAAGCAACAACAAUAUGAUGUAGGCUAAUUUAAAUCAGACCCAGAUAAGUACCAUGAAGCUAUUAAAUACUUUAUUGAUUAAAUUCUUGCUAUAAGUUAUUAAGUUUGCUUGCAUUUUAAAAAUUAUGGUUAAGAUUUCGUAGAAGGAAAAUUUGAAACAAUUCAGUAGGCACUUAAAUUAUUUGAAUUAUUUGAAUUGCGUUGUACCGGGAGUAAGAUUUUCAUCUGGAUGAAGAAUACAGAAAAAGAAACUUCAUAGAAUGGUUAUUUGACGAUUUCAUAUUCCAAUUAACUAGUGAUCCUUAAAUAUGAGUAGGAGAAUUAAGAAUUGGAAGAGUAUAGGAAAUUCACUUUAAAUUAAUUAAAAAAAGUAGAUGAUGUCCACGAGAAAUUUGUUAAGUAAUUAGAUUAGAACGAGUAACAUGUAAAAAUGUAUAACAUAUAUUCUUUAAUAAAAGAUGUUACAUAAAUACAUGAUAUACCAAAUUCUAUCUAUUAUUUAGCUAGAUUACUUGUAAAUUUGCCUAAAAAUACCUGUUAAGAGACUGAUAAAAUGAUCUUUAAUCUCCAACUAAUUUAACAAAAUCAAUAACCUAAAAAAUACACAAAAUUAAAAAAUAAAACAAUUCAAUAAGUGAUUUCAACACAUUUAGCUCCAUUCAAGGAUGACAAGAAUCUGCAUUUCCCAAUGAAAGGCCCGCAUUCCCAGAAGUAUGUGUAAAUUUAUUAUAAUAGAUGUAAAGUGUGUUAAAAAAACAAGAAUCAUAAAGUCCAUAAAUCAAGCUUUAUUUGUGAAAGCUGUCAUAAAUACUAUAAAAUAAAUGUAACGCUUUGUACAAAUAAAUGCUUUAAAUAGUUUCAUCUCAACCCUGCUUAUUAUUUAAGAAGAAGCAGAUUUAAAAGUAAAGUAAAAAUUGAAGAAUGA